UUGUAACUAUUGCUGGUUGUGCUUCUCUUCUUAAGCUACUAUUCACGUAUUCAGUGUGAGAUCAGUGUCAGACCGUCAAUCAGUGCGUUCAGACGGUAGAGCUCCGUCUUGCGUAGUGUUAUACUAUUUUGUGAGGCCUGUCGCGCCAACCGAGGAAGAACGGUAUUUUCGGUGUUUUGCGCUCGAACCACAUCUCCUAAGAUAUUUCGAGGUUGUUGGUCCAAGUUAAGUUAUAAACACCGACUGUAGUGAACGUCGUAGCAGACAUUAUCGAUUUAUCGCACGUGCCAGAUACGCAUUCUUGAAUUGCUACCAAGAAACAGGGAGAAACAGAAAACGACAUGGCAGGUCGAAUGAAGGCAUUGUACAAUCAGGUUAUUUUUGAAAGACGACUCCUUCUGGGUUGUACUGCUCUUGUGGGACUGUCGUUAUGCAUAUGGUCCGUGGCUAUAGGAACUGAUCAUUGGUUUGCAGUAAAAUCACCUGAUGAUCAAGGUUUACCUCUGGGAGGUGAUAAAGUUGGCAGAAGAUUGAUUUAUAAACACACGGGUCUCUGGAGAAGCUGUAUCACGGGAUUGAUGCCCGUAUCGGAAAACUCUACGAACUUAACGCAAUAUAAGGAAUGCGAGUAUAUGAAUAUGUUUCCGACAGAAAUACAAAUAGAAUUAGAUCCAAGUUUGAAUUUGAUAGUACUGAAUUACGCCAAGACUCAAGUCUCAUUUGCUUUAAUCAGCCUUUUCAUAAUGGUGAUGGGUUUUUUCUUUUCAAUUUACACAUUUCUAAAUCCACGUUAUAUGUUUAAGCGUCUUGCUGGAGGAAUACACUUCAUAACUGGAAGCCAAUCUGCAGUCAACAAGGGAUAUAUCUGCCAUCCUGAAGAGCCCAUUGCAGGACCUUCUUUUUUGGUCAACCCAUUAGAAGACGAAUCUGAUAAGCUUGUAUCAAAGAGAUUUGUUGGACCGCUUGCAACAUGGUGGUGAUACAAGUGCUGCUUUCUUCAAUCGAGUAUGAAAGUAAACAUGUCUCCGCAACCUUUCCAAAGGGUGCAUUGAUGAAAUAUGAUUAUUCGCUUAUUCUUGCAUGGAUCGUGUUUAUGUGCAAUCUUAUGUCUGGCCUCGUCUUCAUGCUUUUCUCAAGGAAGAGAAAGAGAGAUAAAGCACCUACGGAAGAAAUAGCUAUGGCUGAUGAGCCAACAAUAAUCGGACGUUAAAUUUUUCUUGUUACUGUUAUUGUCAUUAAUUUUAUUCUUAUUGUUAUUCAUUAAAACUAAAAGAUUUGAGCGUGAAUUAUAAAUAAUGCUAGCUAUGUGAAUAUGCCUAUAACUAAUUUUUAUAUUUUUCUUCCUUAUGACGAACUGAUGAAAAAACAGAGCUAUUGUACAUAAUAUUAGAAAAAGUGUAAUGAAUAAAUUUACACAUACACUAAUUAAUAUAACAAGAAACUUUGAAGAAUUUUUAUUUUGUGCAAAAAAAAAUGUAGAAAAUUAUGAUCGAGUAACUAUGUACAUACAUUUAUAAAUAUAUAUACAAGGUGUAUAUAAAGGGACAACCAAAUAUUUUGUAAAUAUUAAAAAAGGUGCUUUAAACAAAAAUUGUAACGUUUCAAGUGAUGCAUAAUAGUAUUGUCUUGAUCUUGGGUUACUUUAAAGAUUCAGUAAAAAUUAUUUAGAAUUUUUUUAAUAGAAACUCCCAUUUUUUAUAUUCUAUCUGAUGGUCAAAACGAUAUGUAUCAUAUUAUAGCAUAUUUCAAAAUAAUAUAAUUAAACUCUCUUUUGUUAAG